AAUCACUAGCGCGAGCCAGCUGACAUUGUUGACAUGUGGAUGCUAGAAAUGUGCUGCAAGAGCUGAGUUGUCUGUUUGUUUGAGUUGUCAUUUAACCGAUACGUUAUACCCGGGUAAGACGUAUUCAUACAAUGGCUGAAUGGACUAUAACAGUGUUAGGUUGCACAGAAUUUAACGUUAUCAAAAAGUGAAGCUGUUGUGACUAAAAACAAACUGACGAUCUAAGUUCGGAAUGCCAUGCAGCCUCCAGUCGUGAAGUCACUCUUAGAAGUAAAACCUAUCACAUGAAGGUUAUGCGUGUUUACUUGGCAAACGUGUUCUCUUUAGAAUGGAGGAGAAUUCAGAACCAGUGCUCCCCUAUAGUUUCGUAUCAAAUCAUGAAGGGUUCUUGGGCACCAUCAAAAUCUGCACCCAAGAUUUUGUCGUGACAGAAAUUGACAUCAACGGUCAGCUGGUGACCAAAGCCAACGAUGGGUCACCACCAGGUCAGUUACACAAGGGUAGCGAAAAAUGCCACAAUCCUAAACGACCUAGGAUUGAAGUGAACACUCUGUCCAGCCUCGAGCCAGGCUCGGAGAAAGCCACAACCAUCCAAUGUGGUACUGACCAAGGUAAAGAUGACAAAAGCGAGCUGCUUCAGUCAGACUCUUUUGAUCUGAGUAUAAUCUUGGGGCCUUCUGUGUCUGAAGAGCUGGAACUUUUCACCACUGCCUUGAGACUAGAAGGCAAAGCUCCUGUACGUGAUGAUAAUGAUGGCGAUGGUGCGAAGACAGGGAAUGGACAUUUAUCCCUGGGCACAUUCACUGACAAAACCCAAAGAGCCAGCGUCCACAGAGCUGUCCGCCACAACUAUCCGUUUCUGAUGACUGUAACAAACCAGGCGGAGAUCCUUGUGAAAGAAGACUCUGACUUUAAAAAACUCUCCAGCCUUGUUUCUGAGGAAGAGUGUGAGGACUUUUUUAGGUUUAUAGACGCUAAAGUCUCUGGAUCUACAUUCACAUUCAAGCCUGAUGCCAGUAAGGAGCAUAGGACCUCUGUGCAUCAUUUUCUCUCUGGUAGAUUUGGAAAGCUGGUUGAAACGAAGAGCUUCACCAACCAGAAUGGCAGUGCGAUCACGGUGAGGUUGAGAGAGCGAGGAAGACCAAACAAGAAGAGGCCAGCUACUGAUGCAGAAGGAGAAGAUAUCACAUACACCGGCUUCACUCUGCGUAAGGAGAAUCUGGAGACGCUGGAAGUCAUUAGUUACAUGGCUGCAGCACUGGGCGUCCUGCCCUCACACUUCACCUACGCUGGCAUCAAGGACAAGAGGGCCAUCACCUACCAGAACAUGGUGGUGAAGAACAUGUCGCCACCACAACUGAAGGAGAAGGCGUCUGAGUUCGAGCCGAGAGGAAUCAGCCUGUCUCACAUCCGUGCUGCAUCAGAGCCUCUUCACCUGGGCAGACUCCAGGGAAACCACUUUGACCUUGUCGUCCGGGAACUCCGGCUCCAUCGCAGCCGUCUCCAUGGCGACCUGGAGAAGCUGGUGAACGAAGCCGUGGAGAAUGCCAAGUUGCGAGGCUUUGUGAACUACUAUGGACCACAGAGGUUCGGAAGCGCACAGAGUAUCCAAGCUGACCGAGUUGGGCUUGCUCUAUUUAAGGAGAAUAUGGAGGCAGCCAUCAAGCUCUUUUUCACUCCCGAUGAUGAGGAUGACCUGCCAAAUAAAGCCAAACGUCAUUUCCUUAACACAGGUAACGCCAAAGAGAGCCUGGCGCUGAUGCCCGGCUACAAGGCCCGUGAGCGUCUGAUGCUGCGUGCCCUCCAUCGCUACGGCGCCGGUCCAGAGGGCAGUGCCCACGCCUGGCUCAGCCUGCCCCAUGGCAUGCGCGUGUUCUACCUCCACGCCUACUGCAGCCGCGUGUGGAAUGAUGCAGCCGCCCACAGGCUGAGGACGCUGGGGGCCGAGCCCGCGCAGGGUGACCUGGUCUGGGCAGCAGCAGGGGAGACCGCGGAGGCUGGCACACCAACACAGAUCCAUGUGGUGACGGCAGCCGAGGCGGAAGAGGGAGUGUUUUCACUUGAACAGGUGGUUCUGCCGAUGCCAGGGAACACCGUUCGGUACCCGGAGAACCUUCUGGGCCAGUGGUACUGGGAGAGGCUGGCACAGGACGGCCUUGGCUCCUGCCGGUUCCGAGUCCCUGCUCUGAAGCUGAACGUGCCGGGCUGCUAUCGCCCCCUGCUAGCCCGCGCCCACAACCUCACACACACACUCCUCACACACCACAGGGAGGAGGAGGAGGAGGAGGACACACGCGCUAGAGCUGAUGAUGACGACGGGCAGUCGAAGCAGACACACACACCGUCUCUGUCUCUGUCGUUUGAUUUGGACGCUUCCUGUUACGCCACCGUCUUCCUCAGGGAGGUGAUGAGGUGUGAUCUGUGAAUCUCGUCUCCAUGGAAAUGUCUCGUCUCCAUGGAAAUGCCAUAACGAUAUUUUUUUAGACAGUAUUACGGUGUGAUAUAGUUUUGUGUUCACAAUAGAGAAAAUGCAAUACAAUUACAGACACAUCUUGUGUGGGUCCCCACAUAUAAUAUUGUGCUCAAAUGUGAUAUAAUAUGUUCUUUCAGAAAAUUAGAAUAUUUUAUUCUGAAGUGCUGGUUAAGUAAAAUUAUUUUCAUGUUGGCAAGUCAUGACCAGUCUUCAACGUCAACUGUGUAUUUGUGCAGGUGCUGAUAUUAGUUACACUAAUUAGUUAACUAAUUAAGUACCAUAAUAGUAGAGUAUAAUAAUUAUAAUUCAUUAUAUUGCAUUAGUGGCUAGUUUCUUGCUCAUGGACUAAUCUUCUAAUCUAAAACAUUUUUCUAUGAAUUAGUAUGACAAGGCCUUAUCCAUGAAGGGGAAAACUAUCAGAGAUGUUUAAGAGUGGCCACCAGGUGGCAGUACCACCCCAUGACUGCAGUUGAAACUGUUUUUGAGUCAUUGAAGAGUAAACUUUUUUUGUUCCUGUC